AUGCGCCUCAGCGCGGCGGAGCGCGCGGCACAGGCCGCCGCGCGAGAGGCGGAGGCGCGAGGCGCGCUCGAGGCGGCCACUGCGGCCGCCGCCGCGUUGCGCGAGCAGCUGGCGGCGGCCAAGCAGGAGGCCGAGGCGGCGCGCGUGGCGGAGGAGCUGGCCCGGCGGGAGGCGGUGGGCAAGGCGGUGGACGAGUACGUCGCCGCCGUCGAGGUUUCGGCGGAGGGGCAGCGCGCUCUCCGCGAGGAGCGAGACGCAUUGCUGGGCCAGUUGCGCGAUUUUACCGAGCGCGCCGCCGCCCAGAGGAUAUUUGCCAGCGACCACGUGCCGGACGAUUUUGUGGACGCGUUCGUGUCGGACCGCGACGGCGACUUCCCCUCGGGCGAGCUCGCCGAGAAGGCUGGCCAGAAGGCGGCGCAGGCGGCCGAGAAGAUCGCAGAGGCGGGGCUGGGCAACAUCGCGUCGGUCGCGUCCGUCGCCCUACGCAAGGGCACGUCGCCGCCCGCUGUCGGGCGGUGGGCACAGGGCCCGCUGCCCUCUCACGCUCCCUAUCCGGCGGCUGUAGGCGCGCCGCUCGCACAAAAGGCGUGGGCGUCAUGGUUUGGCGGAGACGGCGGCGAGGCGCCGCCCGAUGAUGAGUUCAAGCCGGAGGACCUCAAGCGGCUCCUCGCUGGCAACGGCGGCGGCGGCGGCGGAGGAUCGGCCGAGGGCGAUGCUUUUGACAGGGCUGCGGCGCAGGUGGCAAAAGGCGCAGCGGCGCCCGCCACGAAUCCUCCCACUGCUGACGUUGGGCCCGCGGCGGCGCCCAGACCCGACCCUGCGGUGGUCGCCGCCACCCCGGGGGUCCCAGCAGCCGCAGAGGCUGGGCCCAAGUCCGACGUAAGAACGUGA